AUGUACGCCGUACCCGCCAGGGAUGUUGAGACAGCGUCAGCAGCUCGUUCUUUGUCAACUCGCUCGCAGACGCGCUCGUCCUCCACAAUCGAUGGAAGUCCUGGUUUACCACUGAGUUUACCAUCGGGCGAAGGGGUGGCAGUCCUGCUGACUCCCUUCAACGAUAAUGAACCUUUUCCUUAUAUUGGAUUCGAUUAUCAAACUAAGAAAGGGAAUUACGCGGAAGUGUUCCUCAACAUACCAUACGCUUCACCUCCUAUAGGUGAUCUGAGGUUUGAGAAGCCUAUUCCUCCGAAGCCAUGGGAGGUUAUUCGCAAUGGUACGAAUUUUGGCACGUCUUGUCAUCCUAUCGCGAAGGAAGCCAUCUUUCCACCCGCACACCCGAGCGAGGAUUGUCUUACGCUCAAUAUAAUUCGACCAAAGAAGGAGGCUCCACCUGAAGGGUUCCCUAUUUUGUUUUGGAUUCAUGGAGGAGCAUACGAAAUUGGCUCGGCCCAUAUGUAUGGUUACAAAGGAUUUGCAGACAUCUAUGUAGCUCACGACAUCAUCGUGGUCGCAGUACAAUAUCGUCUUGGUGUUUACGGAUUCUUCUCUACCGGUGACUCUCGCAUUCCCGGAAACCUGGGCCUUUUCGACAUGGCUGAGGCGAUUAAGUUUGUGCAUGCAAAUGCCAAGAAUUUUGGAGGAGACGUUUCCCGAUUUACGGUUUUUGGGCACAGCGCUGGUUCUGCAGCCGCUGGUCAACUAAUACUCAGUUCACUGACUAGGGACUACGUUACUCGUUCGAUUGAAAUGUCUGGUUCUCCAUGGAUGUCAACCGCGCUUGGAAGUGGUGUCGUGAAUAAUUCAAUGAAAUUAGCACAGGCGCUGGGUUGCGGUGCAGAUGUAAAAAAUUGCAUGAAGCAAAAGACUGUGGAAGAAAUUUACGAAGGCAUCAAAAAAGUGGUCUGUGAGAUGGUCUCCAGUGAUUGA